UGACAAUCAGAAUGCAAAGGUGAAAAAGAAAGCAAAGGAAGGACACUCUUUCUUGCCCUGCCAUCAACGUUUCCAUCCUCAGCUUCUUCUUCUUCUUCUUCUCUCCCUUUCACUGGUUUUCUUCCUUUUGCAGUUUGUUGUUUCGCAGAACCGAACCACUCACCAUUCUUUCUAACACACAAAUGGAUUUUCCGGCAGAGGAAAACGAAGAGGGGAACGUGGAAGAGUUGAUGAUGAUGGAAGGAGUAGCAUCAAUAGCAUUGUUGCCGUGUGGCUCUAUCUCAGGACACUUCAUCCAACUUCCACAUUCUACUUGCUAUGGCCUUUCUGGCACUGAAUUGGCAUGUGAAAGGGAAUGCAGUAGGGGUGAGGAUUAUCGCGUCAUCAAACUCACGAUCACAGAUUUCAAUACAAAGAAAGAGCAAGCCACUAUUGUGGAGUGCAAAGGCCACGACGCUGCAAGAUUCCACAGCAUUGAUCAUAUUCAUGGUUGGGGUAAGGAUAUCACUGGUAUGGUUGAGCAAAAGGAUGGGAAGAAAAGAAUCUCUGUUUCAUUCGAGUGUGAGACACUGAAAGCCGAUAAGGCAGCAGAAGAUCACAUCAAGAAAUUCAUGCCAAAGUUAGCCGGGCUGGAUGCUGUUGUUAACAUAGGAAAGAUGAAAAUUUCUGGAUUGGAUUUUGGAGCAGAGGAAGAUGAAGAGACUGAGUAGAAAAAAAUUGAUAUUUUGUAAGUAGUUUAUGUCCAUUAAGCGACCGAAAGAAAGAGUGAAAUGACAUGGUUUGAGCAAAUCAUGCAGAACAUUGUUUUAUAGAAAGGUAUGAAUGUAUGGUUUGCCUAAAAAUUCAUCCUUAA